AUGGCGACGCCUCGUCGCUCAUCGCAGCAGCAGCAGACUCAUGUGUGUCCCCCAGCCCGGAGCUCGUCUCUCCCGGUCACUCCCCCCGUGUCCCCGCCGCCUGCAGCGGACCAUGCGCCCCUGGAACCUCGGGCACCGGUGGAAGGAGAGCGGGCAGAGGGAGAGACAGCGCAGCCGGGGGGACAGCAGGGGCAGGAGGAGGAGGUGCAGGAGGUCCAGGAGGAGGAGGUGCAGGAGGUCCAGGAGGUCCAGGAGGAGGAGGUGCAGGAGGUGCAGGAGGUGCAGGAGGUGCAGGAGGUGCAGGAGGAGCAGGAGGUGAAGGAGGUGAAGGCGGUGAAGGAGGCUUGUCGAAACGGGGAUGUGUCCAGGGUGAAGAAACUGGCGGAUGCCCUGAACGUGAACGCCAAAGACAUGGCAGGACGUAAAUCCACUCCUCUCCACUUCGCAGCAGGCUUUGGGAGGAAAGACGUUGUGGACCACCUGCUUCAGACGGGCGCCAAUGUACACGCCCGAGACGAUGGGGGACUCAUUCCUCUUCAUAAUGCCUGCUCCUUUGGACACUCAGAGGUCGUGUCCUUGUUGCUGUGCCAGGGAGCUGACCCGAAUGCAAGAGACAACUGGAACUACACCCCACUCCACGAGGCAGCUAUCAAGGGCAAGAUAGAUGUCUGCAUUGUGCUGCUGCAGCAUGGAGCCGACCCAAAUAUCCGCAACACGGACGGAAAGUCAGCGCUGGACCUGUCCGAACCCUCUGCCAAGGCUGUACUCACAGGUGAAUACAAGAAGGAUGAGCUGCUGGAGGCUGCGAGGAGCGGAAACGAAGAGAAGCUAAUGGCCUUGCUCACUCCACUGAACGUCAACUGCCAUGCAAGCGAUGGACGCAAGUCGACACCGCUCCACCUGGCAGCAGGAUACAACAGGGUGCGGAUAGUGCAGCUCCUUCUACAACAUGGAGCAGAUGUUCACGCCAAGGACAAGGGUGGACUGGUGCCUCUACACAAUGCCUGUUCCUACGGUCACUAUGAAGUCACAGAACUGCUGCUGAAGCACGGGGCCUGUGUCAAUGCCAUGGACCUGUGGCAGUUCACGCCUCUACAUGAAGCCGCCUCGAAGAACCGCGUGGAGGUCUGUUCUCUGCUGCUGAGCCACGGCGCUGACCCCACGCUGCUCAACUGCCACAGCAAGAGCUCUGUAGACAUGGCGCCCACUCCCGAACUCAAGGAGAGGCUGAUGUACGAAUUCAAGGGCCACUCCUUGCUCCAGGCAGCUAGAGAGGCUGACAUGGCCAAGGCUAAGAAGACUUUGGCCUUGGAGAUCGUCAACUUCAAACAUCCACACACACACGAGACAGCGCUGCACUGUGCUGUGGCAUCACCUCACCCCAAGAGGAAGCAAGUGACAGAGCUGCUGCUAAGGAAGGGUGCCAGUGUCAACGAGAAGAAUAAGGACUUCAUGACACCGCUCCAUGUGGCAGCAGAGCGUGCUCACAAUGACAUUAUGGAAGUGCUGCAGAAACAUGGAGCUAAGGUGAAUGCUCUGGACACACUGGGGCAAACGGCUCUACAUCGCGCUGCUCUGGCCGGACACCUUCAGACCUGUCGGCAGUUGCUAGGAUACGGUGCUGAUGCCUCGCUGGUGUCGCUGCAAGGCUUCACCGCUGCUCAGAUGGGAAAUGAAGCUGUUCAGCAAAUACUCAAUGAAAACGUUCCAGUGAGAAACUCUGAUGUGGAUUACAGACUACUAGAAGCUGCAAAAGCCGGAGACCUGGACACGGUGAAGUCACUCUGCACAGCCCAAAAUGUGAACUGCCGAGAUUUGGAAGGUCGACACUCAACACCCCUUCACUUCGCUGCCGGUUAUAACCGCGUUUCAGUGGUGGAGUAUCUGCUACACCACGGAGCUGAUGUACACGCCAAAGACAAAGGAGGCCUGGUUCCCCUCCAUAACGCCUGCUCGUACGGUCACUACGAGGUGGCAGAGCUGCUGGUCAGACACGGAGCCUCGGUGAAUGUGGCCGAUCUGUGGAAGUUCACCCCGCUACACGAGGCUGCAGCCAAAGGCAAAUAUGAGAUCUGCAAACUGCUGCUGAAGCACGGAGCGGACCCAACCAAGAAGAACCGUGAUGGAAACACGCCUCUGGAUCUGGUGAAGGACGGGGACACAGACAUCCAGGACUUGCUCAGAGGUGAUGCUGCUUUGCUGGAUGCGGCAAAGAAAGGCUGUCUGGCCCGAGUGCAGAAGCUAUGCAGCCCAGACAACAUAAACUGCAGGGACACACAAGGACGCAACUCCACCCCACUUCACCUGGCAGCCGGAUAUAACAACCUGGAGGUGGCGGAGUAUUUGCUGGAGCACGGAGCGGACGUGAAUGCCCAGGACAAAGGAGGGCUCAUUCCACUGCACAAUGCGGCGUCCUAUGGGCACGUGGACAUUGCCGCCCUGCUGAUCAAGUACAACACGUGCGUCAACGCUACAGACAAGUGGGCGUUCACUCCGCUGCACGAAGCCGCGCAGAAGGGCAGGACUCAGCUCUGUGCGCUGCUAUUGGCCCACGGAGCUGACCCCACCAUGAAGAACCAGGAAGGACAGACUCCGCUAGACCUGGCUACGGCGGACGACAUCAGGGCCUUGUUGAUCGACGCCAUGCCCCCAGAUGCUCUGCCCAGCUGUCUCAAACCACAAGCCACAGUGGUGAGUGCCAGCGUGGUAGGCACUGGAGCUGUCGGGGGUGUGGUCAUCUCUCCGUCACCGUCCCCGUCCUGUCUAUCUGCCGCUAGCAGCAUCGACAAUCUGACCGCGCCCCUCGCUGACAUCACAGUGGGUGGAGCCACCGGGUCAAGAGAGAUUGCGUCCGGGUCGGAGCGAAAGGAAGGAGAAACGUUGCUCGACAUGACCAUCAACCAGUUCUUGAAGAGUUUAGGACUCGACCAUCUUCGCGACAUUUUCCAAAGAGAGCAGAUUUCUCUGGACGUUCUGGCAGACAUGGGCCACGAGGAGCUCAAAGAGAUUGGCAUCAACGCUUACGGCCACAGACACAAACUCAUCAAAGGCAUCGAGAGGCUGCUGGGAGGCCAACAAGGUGCCAAUCCAUACCUGACAUUCCACUGUUCGAGCCAGGGCACGGUUCUCAUCGACUUGUCUCCGGACAAUAAGGAGUUCCAGUCGGUGGAGGAGGAGCUGCAGAGCACUAUCCGAGAGCACCGAGAUGGAGGCAACGCAGGCGGAGUCUUCAGUCGGUACAACAUCAUAAAGAUUCAGAAAGUGGUGAAUAAGAAGCUGCGGGAACGAUACACACACCGGCAAAAAGAGAUUGCAGAUGAAAAUCAUAACCAUCACAACGAACGGAUGCUGUUUCACGGUUCUCCCUUCAUCAACGCCAUCAUCCACAAAGGCUUUGACGAGCGCCACGCCUACAUCGGGGGCAUGUUUGGGGCGGGGAUCUACUUUGCCGAGAAUUCCUCCAAAAGCAACCAGUACGUGUACGGGAUCGGAGGGGGCACCGGCUGUCCCACCCACAAAGACCGCUCCUGUUACGUGUGCCACAGACAGAUGCUGUUCUGCAGAGUGACGCUGGGAAAGUCGUUCCUUCAGUUCAGUGCGAUGAAGAUGGCUCACGCUCCUCCCGGUCACCACUCGGUCAUCGGCCGUCCCAGUGUGAACGGUUUGGCCUACGCCGAGUACGUGAUCUACAGAGGGGAACAGGCGUUUCCCGAAUAUCUAAUCACGUAUCAGAUUGUGAAGCCGGAGAGUGUGGCCCCGCCAGCUGCCGCCGCAGAACAGAAACAGUGA